CAACACAUCGCACAGUGUGGUAUUCCCCGCCAUGGCGAAGACCCUGCUGCUUCUGGUGGCUGUGGCCACGUUCUGGUCCGCCGCCCACGCCGUCGUCGCCUCCAACCGCCGCAUCGUCUGUUACUUCGAUGGUGCUGCCCUCAGACGACCAGAUCCGAAGCGUAUGCUCGUGUCGGAGAUAGAGCCCAGCCUGACCUACUGCACGCACCUCAUCUACGGCUACGCCACCAUCGACACGGACAGUUACAAGGCGGUGCCGCGAUACCAGGACGACACCUCCAAGUACACCAGUGUGGUGGCGCUCAAGGAGCGCUUCCCAUCGCUGAAGGUGCUUCUGUCCAUCGGUGGUGGAGGCGCCGAUGCAGACCAGCGGAAGAAGUACUUUGAGCUGCUUGAAAAUGAUGAACACAGACGAACAUUCGUGGACUCAGUAAAAGAACUUCUUCAACAAAACAGAUUUGAUGGCAUUGAUAUAGCUUGGGAAUUCCCCUUCAGCAAGGAAAAGAAGGACCGAGGUGCACUUGGAAAUGUUUGGCAUGGUGUCAAGAAAGUAUUAGGCUAUGCUCACAGUCAUAGAGAUGAGAAUCCAGAUGAACAUCGCAGGCAAUUUUCAGCUUUAAUUCGUGAACUGAAAUCAUCUCUAAAAACUCAAAAUGCAUUGCUGACUCUGAGUGUAAUACCCUACAUCAAUCAUAGUCUGUACUACGACUGCGCAGCUCUCUCGCCAGAAAUCGACCAACUACACCUACUGGCUUACGACUACCACAGCCCAACGCGUACCCCAAAGAAGGCCGACUACCCUGCGCCGCUUUAUCGAGCUGGGGAACGUAGCGCAGACCUCACAGUCGACGGUAAUGUGAGGUGGUUCCUGGAGAAAGGGUUCCCCUCCAGGAAGAUCAUCCUCGGCAUACCAACGUUCGCCCGCACUUGGAAACUGACGAAAGAUAGCAGAAUCACGGGCGUUCCACCGAUUGACGCCGACGGUCCUGGAGUCGCUGGCAGCAUAGCCAACAUUUCCGGACUUCUCGCCUACCAGGUGGUCUGCACGCUGCUGCCAAACGACGCCAACGCUGCCUACAGAACAACACUGCGCCGCGUCACGGAUCCGACGGACCGCCUGGGUUCCUACGGCUUCCGGUUGCCUACCAGAGAAGUCUCCGGCCUCUGGGUCGGCUACGAGAACCAGCACUCUGCCGAGUACAAGGCGGCCUACGCCAGGAAGAAAAGUCUGGGCGGCAUCGCGUUCUCCGAUCUGUCCCUUGACGAUUACAACGGCGUGUGCACCGGUGAAAAGUUCCCCAUUGUGCGUGCCGGGACACUAAAACUUCUCUCCACUAGCGUGUAAAUAAGUGUGUUGUGUACAGUAUUUCUUCGCGCUAAAGAUUAAAAUUGUAAAAUAACUGAUAUAUAUGUGUAUCAAUAAAACACAAAACUCUGUUGUAAUCCCGA